AUUUUCACAUCAGUUUGGGGAAUAACGGGAACGGUUUCAACCACCUGCUCUUCCCCAAACCUGGUCAUUUUCCCACCCUUUGGAUAUUUAAAAUUAACGCGCGCGCGCCGCACAGUUCCUCAAGAGCUCCAUUCUUCCCGCAGGAGGAACCCGGUGCGUAGAGCACGUGACUCUCCCAGAGCCACAGAGCAGCUCGCGCUCCCGCCGCAUGCGUGCAUCUCUCUAACGGAGUCUCCAGCUUCAGUCCGAUCAUUUGUUGCUGCUCAGGCAUAAACCCUGUACUGUUUUCUUUUUUUUCCUCUCCUCUUCUUGUCUCAACGCGUUUGCUUUUCCAUUACGGAUUUUUUCUUUUUUUGUCGCUGUGAGAGUGAAUGGACUAGAAAUGCAGUGGUGACAGAUGCGGAGAAGCAGCUUGCAUUAUUUUUCCAUGCAUUCAUCCUGAGCACACUUUCAUCAGGGUGGUCUUCUGCAUAUGGACCACUGGCACACUGCGUUCUGGCACCGCGGAGUGCACCUCUAACAGUAUGCGUGCGCUUGGCUGACUGCAUCUGAACCAAUGCCUGAGACUGUCUAAGUGCUGAACUUGUUGCUGCAGAGCGCAGAACAAUAUUUGGGAGACUUUUCUGCAUUUUGGAUCGUUCUUUUUUUGGUUCCAGGAGAACAGCGGAGUUAAUCAAGGAGUACAGUUCAUGACAAGACCAUAAACUAUUACUUUUUUUGAGCACGACUGUAUUUGUAUGGAGGUAAGACAGUUUCCUGUUUUGAAAACCACCAGAUAAAGUGCAAAUGCGAGCAAUAUACUGCACUGCUCACUGAAAAGUGAAAGGAAUUCGCUUUACGCACAGACCCGAUUUCAAACUGAUCAGUUUCUCUCUUUCAGUCUGUCGUAUAGCUCGUUUUGCUGAUAUAAUUUGCCAGACGCUUAUUUUUUGCGUCUUAUCCACAGAUGUCCGUUUACUCUUUCCUGGAUCUCUGAGCUGGAAACUGAGCGUUGAAUCAACCGGACGAGCUUGGACGAGCUUGCGCUAAAGCUUGCGAGGUCAGCAUGGCGGCCGGCGUUGCAGCCUGGUUACCCUUCGCCCGUGCCGCGGCUAUAGGAUGGAUGCCGGUGGCGAGCGCUCCUAUGCCCGCUCCACCACGGGACAAGAGACGCGCGCAGGACGGCCUAAUCAUCCUAAACGUGAGUGGCACUAAGUUUCAGACGUGGCGGAACACGUUGGAGCGCUACCCGGACACACUGCUGGGCAGCACGGAGCGUGACUUCUUCUACCACGAGGAGACCAACGAGUACUUCUUCGACCGUGACCCGGACAUCUUCCGACAUAUUUUGAAUUUUUACCGCACCGGGAAGCUGCACUACCCGCGGCACGAGUGCAUCUCCGCGUACGACGAGGAGCUAGCCUUCUUCGGGAUCAUCCCCGAGAUUAUUGGAGACUGCUGCUAUGAAGAAUAUAAAGAUCGACGGAGAGAGAACGCCGAGCGGAUUCAAGACGACGAGGACACCGAUAACAACAAUGACCUCGUGCUGCCGGACAUGACGUUCCGCGAAUCCAUGUGGCGCGCUUUUGAGAACCCGCACACCAGCACCAUGGCCUUGGUGUUCUACUACGUGACGGGUUUCUUCAUCGCCGUGUCGGUCAUGGCCAACGUGGUGGAGACGGUGCCGUGCGGCACGACGCCGAACCGCGCCAAGGAAUUAUCCUGCGGUGAGCGUUAUGCGCUCGCCUUCUUCUGCCUGGACACGGCCUGCGUCAUGAUCUUCACCGUCGAGUACCUGUUGCGCCUUAUCGCCGCACCCAGCAGGUAUAAGUUUGUCAAAAGCGUAAUGAGCAUCAUCGACGUGGUGGCCAUCAUGCCUUACUACAUCGGCCUGGUCAUGACGGACAACGAGGACGUGAGUGGCGCCUUCGUCACCCUCAGGGUCUUCCGAGUGUUUCGGAUUUUCAAGUUCUCGCGCCACUCGGCCGGCCUGCGCAUUUUGGGCUACACUCUAAAGAGUUGCGCUUCCGAGCUGGGAUUCCUUCUCUUCUCCCUCACCAUGGCCAUCAUUAUCUUCGCCACCGUUAUGUUCUACGCGGAGAAGGGCUCCAACGCGAGCAAGUUCACCAGCAUCCCGGCGGCCUUCUGGUACACCAUCGUCACCAUGACCACUCUGGGGUAUGGAGACAUGGUGCCGAAGACGAUAAUGGGCAAGAUAUUCGGGUCCAUCUGCUCCCUCAGUGGUGUGUUAGUGAUCGCUUUGCCCGUGCCUGUUAUCGUCUCGAACUUCAGCCGCAUCUACCAUCAGAGUCAGCGGGCAGAGAAACGCCGUGCUCAAAAGAAAACCAGGCUUGCUAGAAUUCGUGCCACGAAGAGCUGGGGUGCUAACGCUUAUUUGCAGUACAAACGCAAUGGGCUGCUGGUCGACGCCGAGGAGGAGGCAUCGAAGGAGGCAGGGAAGGCGCUGGUUUGCAAGACUAAUCCCACGUUUGAGACUCAACAUCACCAUCUCCUGCACUGCCUGGAAAAGACUACGAAUCAUGAGUUUGUAGAUGAGAAUACGUAUGAGACGAGUUGUAUGGAGGUGUCCAUGGUGAAGCCAUCCACCUCACGCUCCUCCUCCCUGUCCUCCUCUCCUCAUGGUCUGACCUGUUGCUCCCGCCGCAACAAGCGCAAGAGCUUCAACGUGCCCAAUUCCAACAUGGCUUCCGGCCGCCGGGGGAGCGUGCAGGAGCUCAGCACCAUCCAGAUCAGAGAGAGGCCGAUCAGCAACAGCCGUUCCAGUCUGAACGCCAAGUUCGAGGAGACGAUGCCGUUGAACUCGGAGCAGCAGCCCUACAUCACGGCGGCGGUCAUCAGCAUGCCGACUCCGCCCGUCACCACACCAGAGGGCGGAGACUCGGCCAGUUCGCCCGACUUCUUGCAGAGCAACAUUGUCCGCGUAUCAGCUCUAUAGACCUACUUUAAGAGGAAUCAACUUGGCGUUUAUUAUUUUUCCCUCUGUCAUUCAGCGAGCGGACGCUGGAGGAGCAGGGGAUUAGAGAGAGAGAGAGAGAAAGAGAGAGAGCACCGUCUGGUGGAUAGGAGGAGCCAAUGAUCUGAGACUAAUCAGACUGAAGCCAUGAUCAGAACCCUUUAUUUCAGCCCUUCUUCUUUGUGCUUGGACACAAGAGCCGUCUGGGCCCACAAUGCCGAGCACUAGGGCUUUCCAGUCUUUUCCCAACAGAUUUACGAGGGACCAUAAAUAAUGACCAUAAUUUCCAUGCUUGUUACAAUUUUUUGGAGUAUUGUGUGUCUUUACAUUUCUAGUCUUAAACUUGCUAGUUCACAGAAUGAGGUGAGGAAAAGGAUGCAACAGAAAUUCGGUGCAUAUUGGGGGAUGUUUUUGGGUGUUCAUUAGGUAUUGGGUGUCUUUCUGGGGUUUUAGUUUGACCGUGCUUUUAGAGAGAUCUACUAGAACAGAGCUCCUUUUGAUAUUUGACACUACAAGAAAAAUUGAGGUUUUUAAGGUUGUCUGGAUGUGUGUGCGACUGUGUGAGUGUGAGUGCGUAUAAGGCCUAACCUUUCUUUGCAUGUUCUGCAUUUGUGAGUCUGUGUCCUUUUUCAAGUUUGGCAUGAGCAAUAAGGGUUUUUGUUUCCCUGACGUGCGUUUAUUUUAUUUCUUAACACGUCCUCUUUAUCUCUUUACUUUAAACAUCUUUUAAAAGUCCUCUCUUGAGACCUGGUCUAAAAGCGUUUGACGGAACACUGAUCACGUGUUAACAAAAAAAAAAAAAAGUGUGGCUCAUACAGUAAGAAUCACUGGACAGUCAAAUGCUUCUUUGAAGCCACAUGUGAUAUUCCCCCAUACCUUUGUAGGAAAUCUUUCUUUUCUUCUUAGCGUCGAGUUCUGAAUGUACCGUGAAUGCUUUUUCUUUCAGUGUCCCAGUGCAUGAUGUUCUAAAGAAUACGGGAUAUGGACCGGCAAGGCCACCGUACCCUGAUGUGUUUUUUAUGUUGGAUUGUCUUUUGUCUUUCGGUUGCUCUCAGUGUAAGUCUGAAUGAAGCAGCGAAUUCCACUUCCAUCCAAAACCCAGUGCUAAUUAAACAAGGACUUAACACAAGCACUGGAUAAAAGACAUGUGGUGACAAAUUCAUGGCCAAUAAUAGGACAGCGUUCCUACGUCAUGGGCUUCUCACCAGAUUAUUUUAUCAGCGCUAUAAUCAUUAGAAGCACUCCUACACACUGUCGAAUAUCAAAGGGAACGUACGAAUAGAGGCUGCUCUGAGUCAGAGAGAUGUAUUAGUCAUGUCUUCACGCACCGUCUCGAAUUAGCAAGCCAUUUGCAUAUAAUAUGAAAAGAUUAUUUUAUUCACGUUUAUGCACUUUUUUUCCAAGCGAGUGCAGAUGAGUCAUUAAAAAUAGCCUAAUCCAUACAAGCACACAUCAUCAGCCCUCACUCACUCACUCACUCACUAUCAUUACUGCUUGACUUAUGCAACAAGGUUCUUUUUUUGUAAAGAUACACUUUGUAUUAAAUGGGAUAUCGACUCGGGGAAGGGAAGGGGUGGGGUUAUGUGGGUAGAAUCACAAAAAUACAUAUUUUUAAAAAUCCGAUGGUGUCGAUUAUAAAUUAUAAAUGUUAUUUCAGUUGUACAAAAGAGAAUUUAAGAAGAAAAAAAAAAAAAGGACAAAAAUAAUUAUGAGAGACUUGCUAGUGCACCUGUGUUGUAAAUUUGUUCUUUGGUGUAGUAAAUAUAUAUUUAUCUGAGUUCCUCGUUUUAUCGUCUUCUUUCCCAAAAGGCCCGCGUCCUUGAGUUACAGGAUGAUGGACGGUAAUAGCUGUAUCUUUUGUUUUUCCUUUUCAAUUGGGAAGUGGAGGACAAGCGCGGUGCAUGUGGUCGAGGAAGACGUGUUAAUGGAGAUAGCCAUUGUGUGGGGAAUUUUUUUUAAUACCGAAGAGACAUUCACGUCCUGUUUGUGAAAUAACAUGAUUCAGAAAUUUCCCAAAUGAUGAUGGCUUUGAAUUCAUUUAUAUUUGUUCACGCUUGUGUUCUAGAAAAUAUAUUAUAUUGAAAAGCUAUAAAAAAAAAAAAAAUACAAUGCAGUUGUUUAGUCCGGUGCAGUGUCUAUGAAUAAAUAGAAAUAAAUCAUUGU